AUGUCUGAAGAAAAAGUGUAAGAAAUAGAUCAAAGUAUUGAAAAUAAACCUGCACCACCUUCAGGACCUAAAAGACCAGAGAAAGAGCCUCAAUUAGAAAAUUUAGAUGAGAUAUUUAAGAGAAUUUCAGAUGAUUUUAGUGAUGUAGCUCCACUAUAACAUAUUGCUCAAAAAUUUAAUGUCAAUCCUGGAUAAUUGGUUUUAGGUAUAAUUUUUGUUGCCUUCACACUCACAAUAUUUGGAGCUGGAAAUUUGUUAGUCAAAAUAUUGAUUGGUAUUCUAUAUCCUGCGUACAUGAGUGUUUAAUGUGUGAAAUAAAAGGAUGAUGCAAAAUCUAAGAUGUGGCUUUCUUAUUGGGUGAUUUAUUUACUCAUGUUUCUAUUGGACAGAGUGAUGUGGUUCGCAUUCCAUGACCUAUUGUAAUUGUAUUUCCCCAUCAAAAACAUGACUCUUAUUUGGAUGUAUUAUCCUAAAACCAGAGGUGCAAUAAUAAUAUUUGACAAACUAGUGUUGUAACUCAAUUAAUUGGGUCUUCUGGAAAAACCAAAAUAAAAACAUGAGUGAUAUAUAGAUGCAUUAAUCAUUUAUUAAAUUUCUUCAUUGCCAA